GCGGAGUCAGAGUGACAGGACCGCGUAGUGGGCGGGACUUCCUCUGAGGAGAGGACAAGAUGCUGCUGACUUCCUGCUCCGCCCCCUGCAGCUACACCUGGCUCUGGUGCCUCCUGAUGAUCCUGACGGCUCCUCCAGCAGCUCUCGGGGGCGACCAGACGGAGCCGUGCGCUGGUCGGGAUUGCUCCACCUGUCAAUGUUUCCCAGCCAAAGGAGCCAGGGGCGCUCCGGGUCCUCUGGGGCAACAGGGCCCUCAGGGGCCUCCAGGAUUCCCGGGUCCUCAGGGUCCACCAGGACAGAAGGGCCAGCGAGGAGACGAGGGGCCGACAGGAGCUGUGGGACUGAAAGGAGAUUUGGGAAGUGUCGGCGUUCCCGGUUUUCCAGGUUUAGAGGGAGUCCCGGGUCACCCGGGUCCUGCCGGAGGUCCUGGUUUUCCUGGACUGGACGGAUGUAACGGAACCAGAGGAGAGAGGGGAGAGCCUGGACUUUCAGGAGGACAAGGACCUGAUGGAGAACCGGGUUUUCCAGGACUGAAGGGAUUUCCAGGAGAUCCGGCAUUCUACUUCAUACAGUACCCUGGAAUACCUGGAGACCGGCGCGCUCGUGGACUUUCCGGUCGACCGGGUGAAGGGGGUCUGCCCGGACCGAUGGGAGCUCUGGGUCCUGCAGGACUUGACGGGACCAACGGUCUCCCCGGUCUACCUGGAGCCAGGGGCCCACCUGGAGAAAAAGGACGAUCUCUGCCUGGACAGAAAGGAGACGAGGGGGACCAGGGCCUCCAGGGGCCUCCGGGGCCCUUUGAGUACGUCGACCCUCCAGAAGACCUGUACAUCAAAGGAGAACAGGGUAUUCGAGGUCUGAAAGGAGUCUGUGGAAAUCAGGGACUACCGGGUUUGGACUCUCUCAAGGGGAUCAAAGGAGAGAAGGGGAUUGUGGGAUUUCCUGGACCCAGGGGAUUUUCCGGUAACCGCGGUGUGGUCGGAGUGAGAGGAGUCAAGGGGAUUCAAGGAAUUCCAGGUCUGCCAGGUCUGAUUGGACGAGAAGGCCCUAAGGGCAUGAUGGGAGAUCCGGGCCUUAAAGGCCUCCCUCAGGAAGCAGAAAUCACGCACACGGGUGACGUUGGAGAAUCCGGGGCGUCCGGACUGAGGGGCCCUCCAGGGGACAUGGGGCUGAUGGGGAUGCACGGCCCCCCAGGAGCCCCCGGCAGAUCCUUACCAGGGCCGCCGGGCGCUGUGGGUCAGAGGGGAGCUCCAGGAUCCAGAGGGGACAGAGGAGACCCAGGACAGGUUUACAAAAACGGACCCACACCUGGAGAACCGGGAAAACCAGGACGACCCGGACCCAAAGGACUGAAGGGAGAACCUGGAGUUCCAGGUACUUACUGUCUUCCCGGGGCUCCAGGACAGGCUGGAGAUCCAGGUGCAGGGGCCCCUGGGGGCCAGGGCUUCGUGGGUUUUAAAGGUAGCGCUGGCGACUGUGCCUGUGGCCCCCCAGUUGAAUUGAGGGGUGCCCCCGCGCGCGCGGGUGAUCCGGGGUCUCCGGGGUUUCCAGGGGCCCCGGGGUCCCUGGGGCAGAGAGGAGAGAAAGGUGUACCCGGAGACAUGGGAGUGCGUGGACAACAGGGUCUGGCUGGAUUUCCAGGUGUCACAGGGUUCAAAGGUCAGAAGGGAGAUUUCAUAGUGGUGGAAUUUAAAGGUGAUAAAGGAAACAGGGGCCAGCAGGGCCCUAGAGGCAGACAAGGGUUCUCAGGACGAAGAGGACUGGACGGGGCUCCGGGGGCCCCUGGAUACCCCGGCCCACAGGGUGACAGUUUCUCCAGCGCUCCUGGAGACAGGGGCUUCCCAGGACUCCCAGGACCAAAGGGAUUAUCAGGACCUGCAGGGCCCCUGGGACGAGGCGUGGUAGGAGCUGUAGGACUGCGUGGGGCCCCUGGGAACCCGGGACCUCAAGGAUUUCCUGGUCCUCCGGGGCCGAAGGGAGUUAGAGGUGACACUCUGCCCUGUGUACCCAGAAACCCCGGCGCCCCCGGAGAAAAAGGAGACCGUGGAGAUGCAGGUUACCCAGGUCUCCCAGGUCCUCCAGGUUUUAAUGGCAUCACUGGUCCUGAUGGAGUAAAAGGAGACAAAGGACAGUCUGGACUUCCUGGACUACCUGGAAGACAAGGACCUCCAGGUUUACUCGGAGAUCCGGGAGAAGAGGGAUCUGAAGGCAUCAGUUAUGGUGGAGAUCCAGGUUCUCCAGGGCUCCCAGGCUUUCCUGGACUCAGGGGCCCAGCAGGAAACUCUUAUGUUGGGCCCUCAGGACCUAUUGGCUUUCCAGGGCGACCGGGUUCUCAGGGACCUAAAGGAGUCCCUGGUCCCCCUGGUAACGACGGACUAAAAGGACUCCUGGGUCUGGCUGGUGGCCCCGGACCUAAGGGCCAAAGGGGACAGGAUGGAGCCCCAGGUGUAACCGGCCCUCAGGGACCCUCACCUGAACGCUGUGAUGCAGGAAAACCUGGUCCCAGAGGCCUUUUUGGCCCCCAGGGACCCAUAGGACCCCCAGGUUUUCCGGGGGAGAAAGGUGAGAUCGGGGAGGUGGGUCCUCCAGGUUUUGGCCCUCAAGGCCCUGAAGGGAAACCGGGCACUCCAGGUUUUCCAGGUUACCCAGGGCCUCAGGGCCCCCCUGGCCCCAGCGGAAACUCAGGACUGCUGGGGCCCAUUGGUCUGAAAGGUCUGAUGGGGCCCCGGGGCCAGGUCGGAGGGCCAGGAGUCCCUGGGCAGACUGGGGCCCUUGGAGCCCCUGGGAGGACGGGGGAGAGAGGGUCCAACGGCCAAGACGGAGGUCCAGGAUGUGAGGGACCGAAAGGAGAAAAAGGCUGUAAAGGGGCCCAGGGGCCUCCAGGAGAAACCAAGGUUAUCCUCAUCAAAGGAGGACGAGGAAAAGACGGACCGGCAGGCCUCAACGGCUUCCCUGGAUCCCGAGGAAAUAAAGGUGCGAGAGGAGCUACCGGUAAGCCAGGGUAUCCAGGUAUUAAUGGACCCCCAGGCAUUGUAGGAAUCCCGGGACCCCCAGGGCCCUACGGAAAACCAGGACCUCCAGGACCAACUGGACGUACAGGACCACCAGGAUUCAUCGGGUUCCCCGGAGAGACUGGAGAUCCGGGUAACCUGGGAUGUCCGGGGAAAGAUGGAGAACCCGGUCACCAAGGAUGUGCCGGAUCCACAGGUGAUAAAGGAGACUCUGUUGGUUGUCCUGGUCCACCAGGAGAAAAGGGGCCUGCAGGAGACUUCGGGGCCUCAGGACCUCCGGGACCUCGAGGAGAUCCUGGAGGACCCGGUUUUAUCGGAGCUCCGGGACAGAGAGGAUGCAAAGGAGAUCCAGGCCAUCAGGGAGACCUGGGCCAGCCGGGUGUGGUCGGCCCCUCAGGUCCCAGAGGUCGCUCUGGUCUUUCAGGUCUUCCUGGUAAAGCAGGUGCUGAUGGUCCUCCAGGACCGCAAGGCUCUCCAGGACUUCAAGGUCCUCCUGGGCCGCUUGGACUUCACGGGUUGGACGGACUGAAAGGCGUGAAGGGGGACAUGGGGACCAGAGGUCUGGGCGUGCCGGGUCCUCCGGGCUCCAACGGUCUCCCAGGAGAUAAAGGUCCUCCAGGUCCUCCAGGUCCCUUUGGGUCAUCCCAGCCUGGCCCCCCAGGACCCAGAGGGCCCCCAGGAUCCACAGGACCUCCAGGAGGUUUGGGACCUGAAGGUAAACCUGGCCCAGACUGUAAGAGUCCGAUCCUGGGGCCGCGUGGAGAUACUGGUUGUACUGGACCAGAUGGAGACUCAGGGUGUGCUGGUGAGGUCGGGGACCCUGGUCUGAACCCUCCGGUGCCUGGAGACGAUGGGGACAACGGGGACACAGGGUGCCAGGGGCCGGUGGGCCCAAAAGGAUCUGCGGGGCCCAGAGGACUGCCAGGCAUCCCUGGAAAUCCAGGAGUGAAAGGCAUUCGGGGAUCUCCAGGUCUGAUGGGACUUCCUGGUAAUCGGGGUCCCAGAGGUUGCACCGGUGCAAGUGGGCCUCCGGGACCGAAGGGUUUUGCUGGACCCAUGGGUCCAAAGGGGGAGAAGGGCCGAGUGUCCCCCUGCCCCACCUACCCUCCAGCGACACAGGGGCCCCCAGGACCCCCAGGCCUCCCCGGUCAGCCCGGAGAUGUCGGCCUCGAGGGAGAGGUCGGCAGAAGAGGCGCAAAAGGUAGGAAGGGGGACAUCGGGCCUGAGGGGCCGAUAGGCCCUGAGGGGCCCCUGGGUCCAGACGGAGAGCGAGGAGUGCCGGGCCUGCCGGGGGAGAGCGGCGCCGUGGGAGCCAAAGGUGAUCCCGGUCCGAUCGGAGACCGCGGCCCCGCGGGGCCCACCAAAAACUUGAACUCGGGCUUCCUGUUGGUGAUGCACAGCCAGUCGAAGUUUGUCCCCUCGUGUCCACCGAACAUGAGAGUCCUGUGGGUCGGAUACAGUCUGCUGUACCUGGAGGGUCAGGAGAAGGCUCACACUCAGGACCUGGGUCAGGCCGGGUCCUGCAUGCGGGUCUUCUCCACCAUGCCGUUCUCCUCCUGUAACAUGGGAACCUGCUCGUACGCCAGCCGGAACGACAAAUCCUACUGGCUGUCGACGACGGCCGCCGUCCCCAGUAUCCCGGUGGGCGGAGCCUCCAUCGAAGACCACAUCAGCCGCUGCGUGGUGUGUGAAGCCCCCUCCCCACCUGUCGCUCUGCACAGCCAGACCUCCAACCAGCCAGACUGCCCCCCCAGCUGGAGGAGCCUGUGGACCGGAUACUCCUUCCUCAUGCAUACAGGUGCAGGUGACGAGGGCGGCGGCCAGUCCCUGACAUCAUCAGGUAGCUGUCUGACAGACUUCAGGGCCCAGCCCUUCGUGGAGUGUCAGGGGCCCCGAGGAACCUGCCACUACUUCGCCAACAUCUACAGUUUCUGGCUGACGCGGGUGGAGGCGACGCCCUCCGCCUCCAACGGCUCCUCCACCACGCUGACCGAGGGCUGGCAGCAGAGGGAGAGCAUCGGGAGGUGCAACGUCUGCAUGAGGGAGUGAGGGGAGCGCCGCCGCCGCCGCCGCCUCCUCCUCCUCCUCCUCCUCCUCCUGCUGCGCCUCCUGCAGAGUCUAAGGGGAUGGACAGGACGAGACUCGUCUGUUUGUCUCAGUGAGGAGAGGCUGCCACGUUAAUGACAACCAACCAACCAACCAACCAACAACCAACCAACCAACCAACCAACCAAUCAAUCAAUCAACCACCCAACCAAC